AUGUUGUGCGGCGCUUGCUGCGCUGGCGACUCCGAGCUAGUCGUGCAGAACGAUAAUGGGUCAAAAAUAGCAAUGACGCCCAUGGUUGCAGCAAUGUCUGCGGGGCCGGGUGAUGAACGAUUCGUCAUGACUCUGAAGGGCGUAGACGCACUGAAGACGUUGGACUUGGAUCUGUCGGACAACAAGUGCGUGAUCUUCGCAAACUGCGAUGGUGCGGUAGCCGAGUGGAACAAGCACAGCUUGACACAGGUCUUCCCCUUUGAUCGGAUCAUCGAGAUCAAUGGCCAGCCAUGUGUGGCCACUGACCUGGUAGAAAAGAGCAAGUCCGAAGAUGUUGGCACAGUGAACUUGACUAUUGAAAAGCCGCAGAAGCGAUUGCUCUAUUUGCAGAAGCCAGGCAGACUGGGCAUGGAUCUGACAUAUACCAAGACCAGGAAAGGCUCCGUCAAGCCAUGGAUCACAAGCAUUUCCGAAGGACUUGUGGCCCAAUGGAACACCAAUAUGCCCGAGCUUUCAGUGGGCCCGCAUGAUCGUAUUAUCACGGUGAAUGGUAGUGGUGGAACACCCAGUGACCUGGUCCAGCUUCUUAGCUCGUCGGAGGAGACACUGCAGCUGGAAGUUCUACACUACAACAUCUGA